GCAAAGUUUAUUUGUCCGUUGACCCGGUCUGGGUGUUGCGCUGGCGCACGUAGUCUUCAUUGCUCGUAUGUUGCCGCCGGAUGAAGGAAGUCACUACUGAUUUCGUAUGAAUGUUUUUUUUUGCUACGUGUGACUUUUUGAACUGUUGGUUAAAGAUAAGCUUAGAUUGAUUCUGUUGUGCGUGAUAUUUUAAUAGUGAUAUUAAAAAGUAAUAAUUUAAGACGAACCACAUUCACAAACGGCCUGCGCAAUGUGCUCUAUGGUGAAGAUUUCGUAUGUUAUAUGUUUCAUCGCAUUAAAUUUGUGGACAUUUACGAGAGGGGAACUGUUCACUGCCAUAUCUGAGGUAGAGCCGUUAUUAGAGACACACAGGAAGAUUAUAGAUGAUUUAGACGAUUAUAUCAACAAGGAGGAAAAGAGGCUAUCCAUUUUAAAGAGGCAUCUAAUUAAGUACAGAAAUGAACACGAGAAAGCAAUGGAUGACAUACCCAACUAUUUGGGUAAUCCAAUAAAUGCUUUUACUUUGAUAAAGAGACUGACGACAGAUUUGGAUUUAAUUGAAAAGAACAUCGUAGCCGGAACAGCAUAUAUCAAGAACAUAACGGUUUUAAACAACCACAGCGAUGUAAAGUAUCCAACUCUAGAGGACCUCGUAGGAGCUGCGCAAGCGCUUACACGGCUACAAGACACCUACCAUCUUGAUGUCAAAGAUCUUUCCGAAGGAAGACUAAAUGGAGUAAUUUAUAGAGAUUCGCCAACUCCUAAAGAUGAUUGGAUAGCAGUGUCUACCUCAAUGAGCGCCAGCGACUGCUUCGAGCUGGGCAAGGCGUUGUACAACGAGAAGGACUACAGCAACGCGCUAGCGUGGAUGAUGGAGGCUCUGCGCAAGUACUCGGAGGACGACGAGGAGCGCACCUUCACGGAGGUCGACAUACUAGAGUACAUCAGCUUCUCGCAUUACUUGCUGGAUGACGUGAAAAAGGCAAUGCUAUGGACGAGGAAGCUUUUGGAAUUGGAGCCCGACCACGCCCGCGCCCGCGGCAACCUGCCACACUACAAGAAGGCCCUCGACGAGAAGGAAGCCAAUCUCAAAAGAAGACUGCGCGGGGACACAGGAGAUGUGGAUAUAGACGAAUAUAUAGAUGACGAUAACACUGCGAAGAAACCAGUGGAACUUUCCACGUACGAGAAGGAAAGAAAGUCAUACGAAGCCUUGUGCCGCGGGGAAUUGGAAAUAUCUAGUGAAAACUCUAAAAAUUUAACAUGCCGAUAUCUAACUGAAAACCAUCCGUUCUUGAAGUUGGCGCCGAUCAAAAUGGAAUACAAGUACUUGAAUCCCGACAUCGUUUUAUUCCACGACGUCUUGAGUGACUCCGAGAUAGAACAUAUCAAGGAACUGGCCAAACCAAGGUUUAAACGUGCAACAGUUCACGAUUCAAAAACUGGUAAACUAGUUCCCGCGCACUAUCGCAUCAGCAAAUCGGGUUGGCUCAAAGACGAAGAGUCGCCGAUUAUUGCAAGAGUCUCUCGCCGAGUGGCCGACUUCACUGGCCUAAAUAUGAUGUCUGCGGAAGAAUUGCAAGUGGUGAACUACGGCAUCGGCGGCCAUUACGAACCGCACUUUGAUUUCGCUCGCAAACAAGAAAAUGUCUUCAAAGAAACCAACGGGAAUCGGAUAGCAACAGUUCUGUUUUACAUGUCAGACGUAGCACAAGGCGGCGCCACCGUGUUCACGGAGCUGGGUCUGAGCGUGUUCCCGGUGAAGGGCGCGGCCGUGUUCUGGCUCAACCUGCACCCCUCCGGCGAAGGCGACCUGGCCACGCGCCACGCCGCCUGCCCAGUCCUGCGUGGCUCAAAGUGGGUGUGUAACAAAUGGAUCCACCAAGGCGGACAGGAACUGAUAAAGCCGUGCGGUCUCGAGUACCAGGCGGAGAGUGUGAUCCGCGCGCUGCCGCGACCCUUGCUCAAGACAUUCAGAUAGAGCUUGUUCUACAAAUUACUGCGAACGAACUGGCGUAUAUGAUAGGACUGUAGAAGAAAAUUGGUAACUAUGUAUAAGGCUUUUUUCGCUCAAAUUGAGCCCAAAGUGACAAUGAGUGAUGCUUAUUCGGUUGUACGCAAUUUCUUAGACUAAUGUAAGGUAAGCGGUUAGUUCGUUACUGCCCAUGACAGCUCGAACGUCAUCUCUCGCAGCACUGCAGUCCCGUCGUGAGCAGGACUCAUGCAACUGGGUCGAAAUAACGACCAAACAAAAUCAUCGUGUUAAUCGUGGUAUGUACCCGUUAUUUACAUUAUAAUAAUGUAAGCUCUAGUUUACACUAACAAAUUGUCCUACUAGUUUUAUUUACUUGUCAAAUAUGAAACUUGUAUUGUCUUUGUUUCAGACAUAUUUUGUCUGUCUCUUUUGUUAGCACAAUAGUAGAGAAAGCUUAAAAAAAAUAUAAGUUUUUAUAAGUUUUAUUAUAAGAGAGAUCACACCAGAGAUCACUUGUUUUUUCCCGCAAUUAUAUCCGCAAUUACCGAACGAUUUCGUAAGCAGGUUGCGCCGUGCACGUAGUUCUAGGAGAUCUAUCAAAUAUACACAAAACAAGGAUGAUUUUAUUCUGGACAGAACCCAAGAUUUAUUUUUAAAAUUGAUAUUCAAGUGUAAACAAAAUAUGGUCAUACUAUAUUAUGUAGAAAACAUGAUUUAGACCUGAGUCUAAACGCGAUGUUAGUACUACUUUUAGACCUUUCAAGAAUUGUGUAGAACCGAGUGUCAGCUCUAUCAUAAUAUACCUAAUUAAUAGACUAAUGAUCGACAUGUUUUUGAGAGUAAUAAAAAAAACGGCCAGAUGCGAGUCGGAGUCGCGCACCGAGGGUUCCGUGCCUUGGAAAGAUGCGUGUGAUUAUUUUAUUGUUUAAAACUAUCAUCUCAAACUACAAAUUGACAUUUGUAAUCGCAAAAAAUAUUUUUGUGUGACUAAAAUACUGAAUUAACGAUUUUAGUAUUUUUACUUUACUUGUCCGGUGAGACUUUGCUUCUUGCCAAAUGUCAUGAUUCUAGAUCAAUGGGAAGAUUUAUUUGCUAGAGUCAUAAUAUAAUGCGUAUCUUUUUAUUGCAUUGACUCAAGCUUGAUUUUGGACAGCUCCAAGAUUCAAGUAUUUGAUAUUUUAUUUUGAUUUUUUUAGUUAACACCUCCACGCGUCCGCGAGAAAAAUUGUCUCGACAACAGAUAAACGGACAGCAAAGGAUCCUAUAAGUACUUAUUCCUUCUUUACUUUUGAGGUACGGAACCCUAAAAACUGAACCCAGUGAAAAAAACUAUGUAGACUUUUAAUUAUAAUAUUUAUGUAGGUAACAAGAUGAGAGUUAAUUUUUUGAACGAAAACUGAUGCCAUAAAAAAAUUUGCCAUUAUUGCCAGUGAAAAUUUUUAUACGUAAUAUACACCUAUAUAUUUAUCCUAUACAUAGCUAUUAUCUCAAAGUAUUUUUAAAGUAAUUGUAUUUAUUAAGGAUAUUAAAGUUUUAUGUCUUGUGUCAGUUAAAUACGAAUAAAUAAUUAGAAUCUCAGCUUGUGUAAAUAUUUUAUUGUUCUUAAUAUAUAUGAGAUGUGACGUUAUAACAUUAUACAUAGUAGAAAAAAUAAUUAAGCCAAGGUUGAAUGGUUUAAAACAUAUUUUUAAUCCUGUUAUAAGCAAAAAUACACUUUUGAGCACUCAGAUUGAUGAGGAUUUUUGACAUUUUGUGUAGAGCAAGAAUAUCAUACAAGCCUAUUAUCAAAAAUUGAAAAGCGAAACUUUUUAAAAUUGCCUGGAUUAUAAUGUAAAUUUAUUUUAGAUAAUGUAUUUUUGUCGCAAAACCUUUUAGAUUCAUGUUUAAGAAGUUGAAAUUUAUAAGUACCUAAGUAAUAUAAAUUAGAACUGCUAAUUUUUUUGGUCAAAUACGUACUGUUUGGUAGUUAUAAUAAUUUUUAUCGAGUCCUUUUACCGCUAAAGAGCAGAGUUAUCAAUCGCCAAGCUGAAAAAUUAACAUUUUAACAAUUUGUAUAUUAAAAACAGAAUACAUAUGUUACACACUGUGAAAUAUAUAUUUUAUUUUAUGCCUUCCUAGGGAGUAAAAAUAUUCUUAAGUCAUGAUUUUUUCAUAUAUUACAAAACCGGCCAUAAACAGACAGUCACAAAAAGUAUAUUAAUUUUUUUAAUGCUAUAGAGGCUGUCACGAAUAUAUUUAUUCGUGAUUUAACGAUAAUAAUUAAAUAAUAUAAGUUAAUUGUAAAGUAAUAGUAUACAAUUUUAUUUUAUUGUUUACGGCCAUUAUUGCAUUUAUUACACCUUUACUUGUGUGAAAUUUAUGUUAUGUUUUACGUAUUAUACAGCCCAACACGUAAUAUUAAGCCAUAAUUAUAUUUUUAUUGCUGUUAUAUUUUAAUUUUAUUAUAAUAUUUACAUACGUAAGUACGAAAAGGAAUGUAUAAUGUAGGUUGUCUACGAUCAGUUAGGGCAUUAAAAUAUACAAAUAAAUAAAAUACAUACAAUACUUUUCGUGCAAUGAGUUGAUCUUAUGCUAUAAUUAAUGCUUUAAUUGACAGUAGAUCUUAUGCGAAAAAAUGUAUAGUCAUAACUCUAAGCAAAAAGCAUAUUAAUAUAUAAUUUAUGAAAAUAGUUUCUGUCACUAAUCAUUAUCACGUACAUUAAAUAAAUAUAAGUCUGGUUUUUAUA